CCCCCGUUUGCAUAUAGGAUCCAAGGCGUCUCUGCUGAAGGAAGGAAGCCGUUCAGUCAUUUUCUUGCUGCGUUUUUCUUUUAAGAACAAGAUAAUUAAGCGUUCCUUAACGUUAAAUUUAGCCUUUUGAUAUGUGGAAAAGUCAGUACGACCAGGCGUUGUUGUUGCAUUUGUUUCCCAUAAACGUAACGUAAUGCUGCUUGUUGCAGAUUCACCUGCAUAACAGCUGCGGGUUACAGAGGCGGUAAUGUAAUGUACUGGAUGAUGUUGGGGUUAAUUGAGUUUCAACAUGCAAAUCUAUUGCAGAAUUUUAAGUUUUAUUAUAAUUAUAAAACAAAGCACGCCUUAUCUUUCUCAAGUUUACGUAAUUGUGUACAAUAAUAAAGAUUUUGGGUGCGCUGCAGUUUAAUGCGUGGUUUCCCUGUGUUGCGGAGUGUUUUUAUGGGCGGUAGUUGAAAUGAUUUUAGCGUGUGGACUGCAGAUGGGAAUCUGGCGGAAGCUGACGGCGUGACCGUGUCUCGGUCCCGGGAUGCAAUUUGCUUUGCGCUGCUUUGUCUGCGCUCCGCCGUGCCCGGGGCUCGCGGGGUCCCGUCACUCUUUGUAAUGCUGCCUGCAUCCCACCCACCACCGCCCGGCGACAGGGCGCCUGCUUACCGCCUGACACUGGGCUUCGGUACUUCUUGUUGUUGUUUGGAAGUAGUUACAUUAAGCAUCCGCAGAAGGUGACUCGAUAUGUAUUUGGCAAUUUCAGUUUAACGGGUAUUGUUUAGGCAAGUUGUUAAGCAAAUAUUGGCAGUAUGAAUUCUGUCAGGCAACACCAUUUGACACCGAUAUUUUUAAAUCCCAGGAUGGUGUUAAAACACACUCAGUGUUAGGCCUAAAUUAAUUCCAGCAGCAAUAGGAAAGAAGACCUUAUGCAUGGAGAAUUGAGUUUAUCAGGAUAAUCUAGGAGGACUGAGGGGGUUAGAUGCUCCCAUCCCAUAAAGAGGGGGUCUUCAUCCCUUUCAGGCAGCCUGCAGUGGGAAGGUGGAGCUGCACACAGAGAGGAGAGGUGUGAUCUACAGCCCCUCCUGGCCACUCAACUACCCCCCAGGUGUCAACUGCAGCUGGAACAUCCAGGGGGACAAGGGAGACGUAAUCACGAUCAGCUUCCGAAACUUUGACCUAGCUGAGUCUGGGAAGUGCUCCGGCGACUGGCUGCUGCUGGGCCCCACGUGGAAGGAGGGGUACCGCAUGUGCGGGGCUCUGCUGCCCCCGCCCUUCAUCUCCACCCAUGGCCGCGUCUGGCUCUACUUCCAUUCCCAGGCCAACAGCUCGGGCCAGGCUCAGGGCUUCCGCCUCUCAUACAUCCGCGGUAAGUUAGGACAGAGCAGUUGCCAGGGCGACGAAUUCCUAUGUGCCAAUGGGAAGUGUCUCCCCCGGGCCUGGAAGUGCAACGGGCUGGACGAGUGUGGUGACAGCUCAGACGAGCGGGCCUGCGCUCCCCCACCCACCGAGGCCCGGCCCGGCCUGUGCCCCCCCGGCACCGUGCCGUGUCCCCAGGGCCAGUCUGUGCGCUGCCUGCCCGAGGCGCGGCUCUGCGACGGAUCCCGUGACUGCGUGGACGGCACCGACGAGGCCCACUGUCCCGACACGGCCUGCGGUAGGCGCCUGGGCAACUUCUACGGCUCGUUCGCCUCGCCCGACUUCUUCCGGCCCGAACGGGGCUCCCCAGAGCUGCGCUGUGCCUGGCUGGUGGAUACACAGGACCCUAAGCGCAUCGUGCUGCAGCUGGACCUGCGGCUGGGCGCCGGUGACUCUGUGCGCAUCUACGACGGGCUAGGGGAGCGCCCCGACCGCCUGCUGCAGAGCCUCUCCUCUUCCGACAAUCGCCGGCCCGCCAUCGUGGAGUCGAGCCGCGGUCAGCUGACCGUGCUGUACCACGCCACCCCCUACAGCUCUGGCCGCGGCUUCAACGCCACCUACCAGGUGAAGGGCUACUGUUUCCCCGGCGAACGGCCCUGUGGCGCCGACCAGGGCUGCUUCUCGGAGCACCAGCGCUGCGACGGCUACUGGCACUGCCCGUCGGGCCGUGACGAGGAGGGCUGCCCCGCAUGCCAGGCUGGCGAGUACCCCUGCGAGGGCGCCGGCGGGGCCUGCUAUCCCGCCUCCGAGCGCUGCAACAACCAGAAGAAGUGUCCCGACGGCUCGGACGAGAAGAACUGCUUCAACUGCCAGCCGGGCAACUUCCACUGCGGCACCAAUCUGUGCAUCCUGGAGACGUGGCGCUGCGACGGCCAGGAGGACUGCCAGGACGGCAGCGACGAGCGAGACUGCCUGGUGGCCGUGCCCCGCAAGGUGAUCACGGCGGCGCUCAUCGGCAGCCUGGUGUGCGGCCUGCUGCUCGUCAUCGCGCUCGGCUGCGCCUUCAAGCUCUACUCUCUGCGCACGCGUGAGUACAGGGCGUUCGAAACCCAGAUGACCCGACUGGAGGCGGAGUUUGUCAGGAGGGAAGCUCCACCCUCCUAUGGUCAGCUGAUCGCUCAAGGCCUCAUCCCACCAGUGGAGGACUUUCCCGUCUACAAUCCCUCUCAGGCCUCCAUGCUGCAGAACAUCCGCACGGCCAUGCGCAGGCAGAUCCGCCGGCACUCGUCUCGCCGCCGCUUGGGACGUCUCUGGAGCCGGCUUUUUCACCGCGGGGCCCGUCCGCGGGGGCACAUCCCGCUGCUUACGGCCCCAGGGGCCGCCCGGCCCUCCCUUGGCACCAAUGGCAGUGCACUCAGCUACCAAGCAGUGGGCUCUGGGGGAAGGACCGGCAUCACUGCGGGCAUAGGCUGGGCACCUAACCCCUGCACCUCAGACGCCAUGAGCCUGGCCCUGCAGGGGGCGACAGAGGACGAGUGCCGCCCUCCUGCCAGCUCCCCCGGCUCCCCUUUGACACCCCUCAGCCCUCCGUCACCCCCGUCAGCCUCCGACAGUCAGGAGGAGGAGCUGUGCACAAACUCAUCUGCGCAGCUGGAGCAGAGGCACUCCUACAGCGGCUGCCCAGCCCCCAGAAUGCCCUGUUCUGCACAGGUGAGCACGGGGGGAUCAGGUAGGCGACAGGGGACUUCAUCUGGCAACUCCCACGGCAGCACGCCGGGCAGUGCAAGCCGCUCCCUCAAUCGCAGGGCCUCCCGCAAGCUGGUGCGGGGGCUGGCGGCCAAUUUGCGUGGCGUGGCUGUGAGACGGUACUCUCCACUUGGCCCGGCCUCUGUCACGGACCCUCUGGCGCCCCCAGGUCAGGUGGAGGGACAAGGCCAUGCCCCGACGCGGAGUCUGGAGUCCUCAGGGUUGCGCGGAGACAGCCGUGCGUGCCUGUCUGCGGUGCCAAAACAGGAGGGGCUCCGCACCUGUGCCGACGGGGGGGGGCUGAGCAGCGAUGAAGAUGAUGAAUCUCUCCUCAUCUGCUAGGAGCUGCUGCUCUCCUCUCUUCUCCUACUGAGGUUUUAAGGAGGGUUAUACAGCCAUUGAGCCCCAUCCCACGCCCCCCCCCCCAAAGAAACACUUGCCAGUUUUUACUUCCGCCCCCUCCCUUUCCUCAUUCUGUCACCGCCUGAUCAUCACAUCCGUGACACUGUUCCGGUUGCCUGUCUGAGGUCGCAUUCUCACAUCAUAUGUUUAACAUGCAUUGAUUAAAACAGUGCGUUAGUUGGCUGUAUAAACAGGGGAGACUUUCAUUCCUCCUUUUUCCAUUUGCUCACUGCUGCCCCCUGCAGCAUUGUGAUGGUUUUGCAAACUCGUCGUUUUUUUCACCGUUCCCCUAUACACACUCUGAUUGGUCUUUUGCACCUUGUGGGAGAGCUAGAACGUGGAUCUUUGACUUGAAUUAGUUUGAAUAAUUAGCUUGGUGGGUCCUGUGCUUGCUUUUACAGGACGUCCCGUCCUUGUUAAAGGAACAGCACUGAGGGAGGUGUGUGCUGGCGUGUUUGAGCACUCUGCGUUCGCAUAAGCUCAGUCACCCUGACACCAGUCCCCUUCUGCGCAGAGGACAGAGCAUCUUAAAAAGCUGGAGCAGAGGCUGAGGACUCAUUACCGAAACAUCUCCCCCUACAGGCGUGUGUGUGUGUGUGUGUGUGUGUGUUAGUGGAGACAGAUUGCAAUGUGAAAGAAGCAAUAAUUUCCUUCACUCGUGAGAGAAAUUGUUUCCUAGUUGCCCCUUAACUAGUCUCCCUAAACAGUGACUAAACUUAAUCUUGGCUUCCUAGGAUGCCAUGGCCAGUAACCCCACAUGACUGACCUGAGAUCAGUCGUGGGUCGCUGGUAGCUGGAGCGGCUGGAUUUGCAUCACUGGGUUUCACUCCUCCCAAAGGAUGCCCCUAAACAGCUUGUAUACAGCCGGGAAAUUAGUGGUGAUAUUGGAGAGAUAGCUGCAGAUUAUAAUUGUUUUUUGUAGAUUUGCAUAUCAGUCUUUUCCAAGAAAUUUUGAAUGAAAGGGGGCUAGUUUGCAAAGCAACCUGAUUUCGUCCCACAGGAAAGGGCUGCUGUGGGAGCAAGGUGGGGGCUUUUGUUCAGUGUAUGUGUUUGGGUUUCUGGGGUUUGACCAGGGGGUGCACUGAAUGCAGCCCCCCCGCCCACCAGGCGGAAGACGGCAAACUCGCAUGGCUGUGUUGUUUAUGCAGUAUUGUGUAAGAUUUACAGAAACGGAGUCCUUCGUAUUGUGCCUCUGAAAUUGAUAGGUGUCAAUCAGUAAAUACGAAUUGCCAAGUUAGCCCUAUCAUGCCCCCACCCCCGCAGGCUAAAGGUGAAAUACAGUGUCAUUGGUAAAGAGUCAAUCAUCAUGCAUUUUGAGCUGUGUCACUCUGUAUCUAAUCAUUACACUAAGCACAGAGUCAGAAUUGUCACAGUGGCUUUUCUUAGCAUGUGUUCAAUGGGAAGGACAACUUAGCCUGUUACGCAUUCAGCGAAGAGCUUCUGUGUGGCCUUCGUGGGGCCUGGAACCCCUCUCCUUCCGGGAACCUGCGCCUUUCAGCCUUUUGCCCCAAUCCCUUCCAAAAAGGACCUUGGACCGCCUCUUACGACCACGUUCGCCUCAGGUUCUCCGCUCGGUUCCCUUAAAUUAAGGGUUGAUGUGGUCACCUUGCAGGUCUGGAGGUCGGUCUCCGUUUGGCAGCCAUAGAUUUUCACUGUCUGUAUUUUUUAUUUAUGUUCCUUACAGGUUUAAAGGAGAUCAAGAGUAAUCGACAUCUAACAAAAACUUUUAUGUAGGUCGCAAAAUUAUUUUUUGUGUUGAUUUUGUUUUUUUUUUUUUUAUUUUUAAUUUUGUUUUAACUUUUACGAGUGUGGCCACUGUUAGUGCUGUCAGUCAGAAAAGCGAAGUGCUUUCUGGUUCUUCAUCACGACUACAAUUUCCAUAAGGCAUCCAAAGUUAGGACAUACCUGCAAGAUUAACCACAAACUGAGGUUGAUGAGAUGUAGGGGUCCUCCAAGCUCACAACUGGUUUUACUCUUUGCAAACCCAUUUAAACAAAGCUUUGUGAAUUGUUUACCUGAUAGAUGUGCUCCGAUUGGUCUAUGUGAUGUAGUGCCAAAUCAUCAGUCAGAAAGACAGAAACCUACAGGCUGCCCCCUAGUGGUAAAAGGGAAUUAUUAACAGGACAUUUUUGGCUUAUUGUAAUAUUUUAUCACCAUUUUCAUGCUUCUAAAUUGUGAAUUAACACUUUGCCAACUAAUGGCAAAGCCUCUGUUGGACCACAUGUCUGACCGGUUUAUUCCACGUAUUUUAUGAUUUGCUACCCCGCAGGAGACUGCGGGCAAGAAUAAGCCAUUUGUAAAUUGUUACCUUGUAAAUUUAACUUGGGGAAAAAAACCUUAAAUAUUUCUAAUAUAGAAUUCACAAAAACAGUGGAUGGCCUAAUCUGUAUGACGGAGUCAUGUUUCAUUCAGUCGAGUUUUUUUUUUCUCUAUUUCCUGUUUGCCACGCUGGGAGGAAGCAGACUGUAGCCGUCACCUGCUGCAGUGUCAUUGUCACAUUUGAUAUGUUGUUCCAACUGGCCUCAUUGUUAGAGUCGCAUUACAUCACCCCCAGCGUAAACCUGAACAUAGACUGUCGUGUCUAUUGACAGGGUCACUGUGGCAACGGGCGUGCAGACCUGCGAUUUGUCUCAGUGUUUAUUUUUUUUUUGUGCCUGCAUUUAAUAAAGCUUGAUUUCACUAACCUCAGCCUGAAUGGGGACGUCUAAGGCGACACAAACAUGUCCGGCAAUCUCCAGUUAAGAACAAAACUCUUUUUUCUUCCAUGUCAAAU